AUGGAAGUUGAUGCAACCCUUGCACAUGCACAACGCAACACGUACCGCCCUCCACAUCUCAGAAAUGCCUCCACAACUUCCACCCUCACCAACACCACCCCACCCUCCUUUGCCCCAGCUAAACCAUCUGUUAUUACCAACAAUCCUAUCCUAACCCCACAUGCAACUCUACCUCAACCAACCACCGCCACUAACACCUUGCGCCUCCACGUUGACCCGGCAACUGUCAACUGCCACAACUGUGGCACCCAGUGCCACUUUGCUCGUAACUGCCCCCGCCUUUACAAUGCCCAAUUUUAUCGCAACGCCUGCAACCGUCUCUUGCAAGCCCGCAACCUCAUUGAAGAGUUUGCUUCACUCCCAGACAAGGAGAGAGAGGAGAUUUUUAAAGCCGUCAAGGAUGAGGAGAAGGAGGUCACUCCCAAGGAUUUUGUACAAGCUGCCGAGUGUUAG